AUGUUUCAUGAUAUUUUUCUGGCAUUGGAUGUUAUAUCAGAAGGAAUGGAGAUAGUCAGACCUCGAUCUGAACCGAGUUUCCGAGAAAUCGCAGAUAUCUUGUGGCCGCGGGUACCAUUGACAGAUCUAUGCCUGGGAAAGGUUGAAACACAUCCAAGUUGUCCAAUCCGGUCGGCGACUCACAAUAACGUUCUACAACGAGAAGAGAAGAUUGGAAUAGCUGUUUCAGUCCACGAUCACUGGACGACAAAUGAUGAUACAGAGUAUGGCGACAAUGGCAAUACUGUGAAAGAGCCCCGUCUGAACGGUGAUCUGCUGUCGUGCGAAACUUUGCACGAUUCAAAAGAUGUCAGAACUUGUUAUUCGGGUCUUUUGCCAGAGACAAAUCGAUAUCAAUUGUCAGAUCGGCCAAUCCAUUUCACCAAGCCAUUAUCGAAGACAAACCUAGCUCAGUUGCCAAAUUAUCAGCAACUGGCGUCGAAUGUUGGGGCAGGGCACUUAGAGGAGCGCUGGCUUGAAAAGCCUCGAGAUGGAAGACUGGAGGAAGUUGCAGAGACCCAAAGCAGAGACAAACUCAACACGCAGGAAAAGAUAGCAAAAGUUAUAGAUGGCGCCUUCGCUAUUGCGAGAACUUCUAAAUCGGGACCUAAUGAUUCAUCACAGGCUCAAAGCACUGUGCGAUCGUUCAAUUCAAAACGAAUAUUUAAUCGCAUCGCUGCCAAAGACUGGACAUGGCCCAAGCCUGAGCUCUCGCUUGGAUAUAAAUGUAACCCCAUCGCAGGCACGGAGUGCUGGGAGGCUAUAGGGCCAGCUACCGAUCUUUUCACUUUGAUUGCUGGACCCAUCAAAAAUCUGCUUGAUGCCAGAGUUGAUGAUCUUGAAGCUCACGAACAUGUUGCAGGAGAUGUACUUACGUUCAGCAUGUACAUGGUUGGGAAGGAUGCAUCUGUCGCGAGGCCAAUGCUCUUGUUCGUCUGCAAGAGUUUAAAGGUAAGAAAACGGGCGAUUAAGUUUCUGAAGGAAAGCAAGAUCUUGAACCCCUAUCCAGAGAUAAGGGUAGCGAAUUGCUCUUCUCCGCCUUCUGUUUAUGGUGUGGGCUUUUUAGAACUGCUUUCCGGGGAGGAACUGCCCAGUGAGACGACAACAGUCGGAAAAUCUGGGAUCGGUAUUAGAGUCACUGAUGAUUCACAACAAAAUGAUGCGGUUUUAACCAUCGUGGCUGUCGUAGGGUCAUUGUCGUUUCUAUUGUUUACCUUGUUUUUCGUUCUCAUUUUCUUUCGGAGAAGGAAACGCCGGCACAUGGCCGAUAUGGCUGAGGUUGAUCGUAUUGGAAACACUGGUCGUUCUAGUGAAUCUUUCGAGUAUUAUUCUCCAGCUGCUAUUCGGGGUCCACGUACGGAGAAUGCACACCAAUUCGAAGUCCAACAGGUAUCUCCCUUACGUUCAAGGACUCUUGAAUUUUGUGCCAUCAGGCCACAAAUGCGGGAACCGACACACCAAUCAUUGGAUAUCGAAGCAAUCCCAGCCCGAAAUUGUACAAUUGCAGUUGAUUCGAAUGCCAUGCAAAUCUCAGGCACAGUUGAGCACUCGAAAUCCUCGCGAACCGUCUUAGCUCGCAGUGGAACAUCCGUCACUUGUGUCUCGACCGGACGGCACGCGACUAUUGGGGGUUGCGUAACGUGCAAAGGCAUAAUGUACGCAAUGACAGCGGCCCAUUUGUUUGAAAGUCCUCAUCCCUCGAUCGGGAAUAGCAUCAGUCAGGCUGAUGGUCUGGAGGAUGAUUUCGAAUUUGAUGAUGAUGACGAUACAGUAGAUAGUGAGGACGACUCUACCAAAGUCGAAUUCGACAGUCGCAUUAGCGUAUCUUCAACACCGUCACAAACCAGACCCGCUGGCAACUCCAUCUCUUCUUUUCAAACUCAAGAGAUGAAGCUACGAGCUACUGUACUUGUUGCUCAAGGCCGCAACAACGAGAGUAAAACUUCACAAGUACGCUUAGUAUCAAUCAUAUCUUCUGCGCGGGAGGACUACUGGCAAGAGUCUGUUGCUAUGGGAAGUUUUUCUCCAUCUAUCCCAGAUGAAGAAGCAUUGUCUUCAGCCAUACCUGCUUCCCACCGGCAAAUACAGGAUCAUGCAUCAUCGAUUAGUUCAGAUCUCGGGCUGGACUGGGCUCUCAUUAGAUUACCCUUUGCAACUGGGCAUACUUUGUCUUUGUCUCCACUCGGCAUCAAACAAAAAGUUUCAAAGACACUCCCAAUCUUUAUUAGUCGGGGCGCCAGUCGGACCUACGGAUUUAUUUCCCAGACCCCCUCUAUGAUCAAGCUCUCCACGGGAGCCAAGUUUCAAGAAGUUUGGAGUGUCUACCUAGAUGAUGAUUUGCAAAAAGGGGACUCGGGCUGUUGGGUCUUAGAUGCUGUAACUGGUGCUCUUUAUGGACACAUCGUCACUGGUGUACCAGGGGGUAAGUUUGCAUCCAGUCUCCCAGACAUCCACCAACUUUCCACACUUCGAAUUACUGAUUUAGACAAGCAAAGCAUAUUAUCCGGAUUCUUCCACCACAGAUUCUCAGAGCAUGCGGCUAAGUCAACCAAAUACGAGGCUUAUUUCUCUUAUUUCGAAAAUCAGUGGCGGCAAGCGAAACAAAAUGAUCAUCCACACUACAACACCUUCAAUCGGGAAGUCAUUUUCGCCGUAUUGAGACAACUUCAAAAUGGCUAUUCGAAAGAAGACAUCAAGAUAAUGGCACCCGUCACCAAUUACGGAGAGACGGGAAAUUUAUAUUCACACGAGCAGGUUGACAGUAUUGUUGAUCUCGUAGCGAGAUUAUGGCUCAUGAUAAACACCGAAACUACAUUUCAGGGUAUAACAAGCCAGACGCGAAUCACCUGGUCCUCUGGCUCAGUCAAAGACCUCUUGGCAUCUCAUUUCCAACACGAGAUAAUCUUGACCGAUUCAGUCAAGCUCGAGAAAGUCUUCAACGCACGGAACAUCGAACGAAUGACCGAUGUGAAGAUUCAAUGGACGCCAAACUUGCUCGAUCAUCUACGUUUCAAUGAAGAUGGUAAAAUACCGGUGCUUAAUAUCUUCUACUGCGUCGAUUUCUUGGACCUGCAAAAAGAUAAGUCCGUAUCCCGCCUCUCUUUACUCAAACACACUCACGCCCGUAGUCCCCUCUUCCCUCCCCAUCUAGUCAACGAAACCCUCCAAACCCUCUCCCUCCUCCUCCCCACCCACGACCGCUCCACACACACCUGGUUCCGUACCCACACCCGCCAAAACCCCAACCUAGACAUCAACCUCCCCUCUAUCGGCCACCUCACCCUGCAACACCGCCAGAUCGCGCAUUUCAGGUACUGGCACGACCGGCUCGUGGUUUUGAAACAGUAUUUCGAUGAGAGUCAGCCGAGGACGGUGAAACAGUGGUGGUAUGAUGAUCGGAAACGCGUGCAGUGGUUUUGGGUUGCGAUGGUGCUUGUGGGCGGGACGUUUCUUUUUGGAUUGGUGCAGUGUGUGGAGGGGGGGUUGCAGGUUUGGGCGGCGAUGGGGGGAGGGGUGAGAGGGCGGUGGUGA